UCGAUAAAUGUAUUUACAACGUCGUAAAGUAGAGCUAAGUUCAUCGCUCUAACUGAUAGCAAAAGCUUCCGUAAUCAUUUAAAUCUACAAAUUAAUUUAAAACUUUAAAAUGCUGCUUUCCAAGUAGUAUAUGAGAUGACGGAUCUUAAAUCCAAUUGGUUCUAUGUUUUUAAAUUGCUGCUACUUCAUUGAACUUGUUUCUUCAGGACUCCGACUUCAGUGUUUUGGUGGAGUUACACAUUGUAGUUAUAUAAACACAGUUUAUGAUGUUGUAAAUUUAUUUUGCUUGGUUUUAUAAACUUGACAUAAUUAAAUGAUUUUUAUCUUAUGAUAUUUCUUUGAAACGUAAUCAGGGAACAAUGAAGUGUACAGUGUUAUCAGCAAUAAUUUACAUGUUAUGAAAUAUCAAUUUUCAUAAAUAUGAGAUCAUAUUGAAAAAGUGUCGAAUUACAUUUCUUAUCAAAUAUGGAUGAAAGUUGGAUCCCCGAUAUUACUGUAUCGACCCCGGAGCUACAGAUCCCGACUGUUAUUCCGUUGGAAGGAAUUCCACAAGUGGAGGAACAGUCGGAAAAACAACCCUCAGAAAAUGAACAAGCUAAUAUGGACCAGAAUUGGGCAAAGAAAAUGAAUAUAGCCAACAAAGAAAGAGAAAACGUAGCCAGAAUAGUAUGGCUGUUAAUGGAUGCAGGAACCUUUGCUUUACGGAGCACAUUUGACAGUGUCCAUCCGCCAUUAAACCUGAGGGAGCACCUGUCUCAGGCACACAUCAAGGCCGUACUACAACGUCUGCAUACCUCCAACGUCAUCAACGACAAACUAUGGGAGAUGUUAUACCCUCUUAAUAAGAAACACACCACGUCACAGCAGUACGACAGCAGGGCUUUGUGUAUCUUACUACAGUCUAUAUGUCAUCUGUGUCCGCCAUAUCCAAAUGGUUGGGGCGUGGCACCACUUCCCACCGAUAGCAGUCUUAGCGCAGACAUUGUUCGAUUACAACUCUUACACCAGAAAGUAGCACGUAUGGAUAUGAUAUCACCAGAGGAGUUUGUAGCAUUAUGGAACCAGAUUAAAGAAGUACUGGUUCGGUUAGGAGGUCCACCAAUCAGAGUCCGUCUACACAGAAUAGAACACGAGAUGAUAACUACAGAACUACAGAACCAUUAUGUCAAUCUGUUCCAGGAACAAUGGGCAGACGGUAGAAAACUCGUCAUGACACCGAAAUCUACUGGGUCUAGGAAGAGAGGAAGGUCAAUGAAAAAUAAGAAAGAAGAAAAUGGAAUACCAAAAGAAGACAAAGCCGUUUUACUGAAGACAUACCGGAUGUUUGUUGAUAAUGUACAAGCAGAAGACAUUCUCGAUCGUCUGCAGCAGAACCAGGUUCUGAAGUUCAGCGAACGUCAGGAGAUUCUGUCUCAUUCGAAAAACUCCGAGAGGAUGCAAAUAAUCAUAGAGAAAAUACAUACCACGAAACUGUCCUUCGGAUUCAAGGCGCUUUGUGAUUCUAUCAAGUUCAAGUAUAAAAAGUUGUACGAUGUUGUCAUGGCUAUCAGGAAAGAAGUUUACAAACAUGGAAUAAAAGACACAGUUGAUGUUGUUGGCGUAUGCCGGGAUUCUCUAUACCAGACGUACAAAGCUAUGUUUGCCAAAUGUCACCCGUUUUCCUGGGCUGAUAACAUCUCUGUAAAUAUAAGGGAUCUUUAUACACCUCUAGAUAUUCUGGACUCGAACGGACGUAAGCUACAUUUGAGUGAUAUAUUUCCACCACCCUGUACGAAUGGUAAAGGGCAGAGGAUUGUACUGGAAGGCACUGGAGGAAGCGGCAAGUCAAUCCUAUGUGCAAUGAUAACCCAAUUAUGGGCAAGCCAUAAAAACUACUUCAAAUAUAAUUACAAUAUAUUAAUACAUGUUGACAUUGCGACGAUAAAUGGCGAUUUUAAAACCGAAGUUUAUCACAGGUUAUUUCCGGAUGAUUUCAAAAUCAAACUGAAAGAUUUUUGGUCGACCAUGGAAGAAAAUUCACAUGAAAUUGUUAUGCUGAUUGAUAGCUACGAAGGAAAGACAGGGAUGCGGGAUUUGCAGGAAAUAAUAUCGGGUUCCAGUCUUCCUCAAGCUACAGUGAUAGUGGCCACAAAUCCGGAUAUAUCCCAUAGUUUAGGAUUUUCAGCAGACUCAAAACUUUUCAACAUGGGCUAUAGCUCACACAGCGUAGCUCGGUGCUUUAAAACUUAUCUGUACCACUUCAAGGCUCAUCCAGAUAAACACCAAGCAUUGUUCGACUUGAUUGAAAAUGAAUCAUGGUUAAUGCAUAAACAUCUUGCUCAACCAAUCGUGUGCCUUCUUAUAUUUGCUAUUUAUCAGAUCAAUAAAACCGCCAACUUGGAUGACAUUGACUGCAUAACCAAUUUAUUUGAAGUUUUUGGUUUAAGUAUGGCAACCCAUUACUGUAAGCGACAGAAAAUUGACGUAAUUGGUUAUGAAUUCCCCGAAGAUGUUGUAAGUGCAAUAAACGAGCUCAGUAAUUUUGCUUUCGAAUCAUUAAGAGACGGGAAACGUGCCUACCUCGAAGAUGAAAUUGUAACUCCGUCCACCAAUUCUAUGAUAUUUCAUCUAGGUGUUUUCUUUAGACUCAAUGGACCUCAUUGGAAAUUUACAUGUACACUGAUGCAGGACUUCCUAGCCGCGAGGCAUUUGAGCGAUUUUGUAUUGGAGGAAAUGUCAACCAUCUUGACAGACAAUAAAAUGAUGAAAUACUCGCGCUAUUCACAGAUGAUCACUUUGUUAUGUGGUCUUUUCCGCGAUGAUUACGAUACUUCUACUCUAAAGAGCUUGUUCACCGAUCUUGCCAUGCGUAAUAUAAGUAAUACUAAGGUUUUGGGAGAUGAUGUGCAGUCGGUUCGAUCAGCUGAUUCUAGAACGAGUAUAUCACAUGCACCGAGUGGCAAGUUAGUUGAUUACAACAUAAGUUUACAGAGCCUAACCGAGUGUGAUUACAGGGAAGAUAUGUGUGAGAUUGUUGCUCAAUCCUUACCUGCCAAAAUGAUUAUAAAAAGGGAUGGACUUAUUUCAACUAAAACUCUGGAGGCUUUACCUCUUGUGAUGACAGGAGAAGCCAAUCGAAUAACCUAUCUAGAGCUUGUUUUACAACCGUCGUAUUCAAGUCAGGCAGCAGUGUAUACAGAACUUGCGAAAGGAGUCGCAAAAACAGGUUGCAUUAAACACCUAAAGAUUCACUGGUCGACCUUAGAUUUAAUGGCUAGAAUUUUGGACGCCUUUAUGACCGAAGUUAGUUCAGUGGAAAGCAUAGUUCUUACUGAUAUAUGUAAGAAAUCGAUUAAACACGUGUCAGCAGAUACAUGGGCAACAUUACAAAAUGCAUGCGAAAACAUGACAAAAACUAAAGAGUUUGCUUUCCUCAAUGGUAGAGUAGCCGCCAUAGCAUACUUUGUUUUGCAACACCUACCAACAACAAUCCGGGAACUUAACUUUACCGGAUGUAAAUUGAACAUGAUGUGCGCAUCUGAACUCAGUUAUAAAUUAGAACAUGCUAAUUCAUUAACGAAACUAGACAUCACAAACACACAACUCGCCGGUUCUGAUUUUGUUGCCGUUUUACAGGGUCUAAAGAUAUGUCCGACAAUUAAACAUCUGAAACUAUGUGGUGCCAAGCUUGACAGACCGGGUGUUAUUACACUAUCUGAAUGCCUUCGGCUUACUCGAACCCUUCAGAUCUUAGAUUUGAGUAACUGUGAACUGGACACGGAAAUGUCUAAACUUCUAGCUAAUGCCAUUGCUGACAACAGGAGUCUAUUGAAACUUGUUUUGAAAAAUACAAAAGUAACAUUAGAAGGCAAGAACGUCAUUUCUCAUACGAAAUUUGUACAACUAAAGGUCAUAGGGUUAGAUGAUGCUAAACACUUACUUCUUACUAUAUAGCUUGUAUUUGUUCUAUUAAUUUUUCAUCAUUUUAACCACCUAUUUAUUUCUUUGAACUGUCAUCUUUUCAAAGUACACGAUUAAACCUUCAGUAUUCAACUUAUGAUAUAUUUGUAGUCUACGCAAAUGCUGUGAGCAAUGCAGAAACGGCAUUUUUUAAUAUAAAAAUUAAAAAAGAUAUCUAUUUAAAACUCGGUCGUUUUCGUAAAAAGGGAAAAAUAACAAAAGAUAAAUGUUCAAAUAUGUAAACUAAGGCAAUACUAGAAGGUCUGUUUUGUGUACAAUUAAUUCUGUCUACACUGAGCAGUUUUGGGACUGAAGAACUGGCUCGAUAGGACAGAUUUUCAAUAUAUAUUGAUGAAUAACUGACGUUUAUACAGGCCAAACAAAAAAAAACGCGUGUUUAAGGUUUCCUUCUAUGAAACAUAUGAUGGGUAGGAUUUAUUUUUGUAUUGGACUUGUUUUUUUUUACCUUCAGUAUAUGUGGACUAACUUCAAUUCUGUCACAAUUCAUGCACUACCAAAAGUGCAAAUUAAACUUUAGGGUAUGUAUUUUGAGGCAUACAAUAGGAUAGGUAAAAAAACACAAGUAAACUUUUUCUGGCCUAACUGUAUUACCAGAUGCAAGAUUUACGGUUAGAUUCUAAGGACAUGGUUGAACUAGGACAGGGUUCUUAUUUGUUAUAACAUGAGGAUUUUGAGUUAAGAUUUAUAGUUAAAGAUUACAUAGUACACUAACCUUAGAAAAAAAACAUUCGUAAAUGCAUACACAAAAUGAAUAUAAAUAUAUGGAAUAUAUUAACCAUUAUCGUUAGCAUUUAUUCAAGAGAUGACUAGUUUGUAUUGCCACUCAGUUAUUUGAUAAUAUUAGAUUUCAUAGUAUAAAACCAUAGAAUGGGAAUCUUAUUAGGAAUUAUGGGAAAUGGCACAAGAACCUACUUUAACUUUUGAAAUUUUUAUUUCAUCAUUAUAGUGUAAGAAAAAAACUCUGUAUUGUAAGAAAUAAAAGGAAAUAAAUGAAUACAGCAUAAUUUAUCCUGUGAUGAUACUAAAAGUUAGACUUACGAAAAGAAGUUUAAAACUACUUAUUCUAUUCAUCUGUUUUUCUUGGCAUAGGCAUUCAGUAAAUAUCUUCCACAUUUGUUGUAUUUUUCAGACAAAUAAUCUAUAAAUAAUGAAAAAAAUCACACAGUUAAUUAUUUUGCAAAGUUAUUCCCUCUGAAAUAAAUUUUUAAUAAAGGUAUAUAUGAAAAGUCAGAAAUUCUUUUUUUUUUAAAGCGACCUUGAUGAUGUGAUGUGCCAUGGUAUGGAGUAAACAUGUUUCCAUUUAUUUUAGCAUUUAUUUCAAUGGAAAAUGUCAUUUUUACACAUAACAUAAAUUAUUUAAGUAAUCUGUGAUUAAAAUCUGUGAUAUUUUGCAAACAAAUGCAUUUAUGAAUUUGAUGCAUUUAUGGGUAUUAGAUUGUAGACAGAAUAAAAUUCGUUAAAAUUA